AUGACGGUCCUCGCUUUCAGCAAUAAAAUCAUCCUAGCUUCUUCGAUGAAACGCGAUGGUACUUCCACGUAUGAGUUUGGUGGUGGGAAUAACCCAGUUGCCAGGGCUCUUCAGCUCUGCCAGGCUGCCGAACAAAACACAAGAGUUGCUAUGAUUGUGUACAAGACGCGAGCUCCACCAUGUGGUACCGGUGCGACGGGAUGCAACUUGUUUGUUGAGCAGGUGAAGAUGAGAGUGGUGCACCUCAAUAUUGGCAAGACUCCCAAUAAGCCCUAUGAUUUGAGCACUCUCGCAGGGGAAACCCGAAGAUAG